AACAAGCCAGUCUGAAGCAAGCAGACAGGAAGCCACAUGUUCAGCUAGCAGGGAAGCAGCAGCAGAGAGGUUUUAGUGUCUGCACAGAUUAGAAGAAAGCCCUACAUAUACCUGCUUUAACUCAACUAUUCUGCUUUAUUAAGCCCGAGGACAGUUUGGAGAAUGUCUUCGUUCAGGAAAGCGUUGAAAUCGAAACAGAGAAACCACCAUGAGAGAGCUCAGCCUGGUUUCAGGAAACAUCUGGGGCUGCUGGAGAAGAAGAAAGACUACAAACUCCGUGCAGAUGAUUACCACAAGAAACAAAACACUCUUUCUGCUCUGCGAAAGAAAGCUCUGGAUAAGAACCCAGAUGAGUUUUACUACAACAUGAUCAGCUCUCAACUACAGGAUGGAGUUCACACGGCGAAAAAACACAAUGAGGAGGUGGAGGUGACGGAGGAGCAGAAGAAAGUGAUGAGGACGCAGGAUAUCAAAUAUGUGGAGAUGAAAAGAGUUGCAGAGGCUAAGAAAAUUGAGAGGAUGAAAGGAGCGCUCCAUCUCCUAGAUGCAGACAGCAAACAAAAGAACAAGCAUACAUUUUUUGUGGGUUCCAAGACGGAAGUGCAGUCAUUUGACCUGGCAAACCACCUCGACACAGCUCCUGAGCUGGUGGACCGAGUGUUCAAUAGACCAACUCUGAAAACUUUGGAGACUAAGAUCAUCCAGGGAGGUGUACAGCCUCACAGUAUGAAGAAGUUGGCCAAGCAGAGGAAUCACCAGUAUAAGAUCCUCUCCCAGAGGAUUGACAGAGAGAAGAAAUUGUUUGUCAUCAGCCAGAAGAUUCAGACCCGCAAGGACCUACAGGAUAAGAACCAGAAAGUGAAGGUAACAAAGGAGACACCCAAUGCUGCAGCUAUCUACAAGUUUGACGCCAAGAGGAAACGCUGAAAGAAAAUCAUCAUGCUGAGAAGAAAUCACCAACUUUGCCAAUAACAUUCUGGUGAAUUAAUGGACUUCUACAUCACACCAUAGACAACAGACAUGGGAUCACUUUGUUUCCCUCAAAUGUUGUUGCAGCUCUGCAGUUUUGUACAUAUUUUUAUUCAAAUAAACAUCAGAAGAACAUACAA